AUGGAGGACAUCACAGCGGUCUUACCGCACAGCAAGAAGGAGCCAAAGGUGGACUUAGCACUGCUAGUGGUGCCUUCCCACGCAUGGAAUGGUCAUGUGCCCCUCUCUCACUCUUUAUCGUUUUCCUGCCUGCUUUCUUCUCCCAGGUACCGCCAUCUAAUGGAGGACAUCACGGCGCUGUUGCCGCACAGCAAGAAGGAGCCCAAGGUGGACGUGGCUCGCGGCCGUCAGCUCAACGAGGCUCUUUCUGAGCUCAUGGACUUACGGGGCUGCUCCCUGUGCCUCUUCUUCGAGAUGCGCAAGCAGAGAGACCUAUACCUGUGGCUAAGCAAGGGGCCCUCGGGUCCUUCCGUGAAGUUUCUCGUCAGUGCAGUGCACACAAUGGAGGAGCUCAAGCUAACGGGCAACCACCUCAAGGGCUCGCGUCCCUUCCUCACCUUCUCGCCCUCGUUCGACCGCCUGCCCUUCCUCUCCGUUCUCAAGGAGCUCUUUAUCCAGACGUUUGCAACCCCCAAGGGGCACCGCAAGGCGAAGCCAUUCUACGAUCAUGUGCUCACAUUCACCUACCUGGAUGGCCGCAUCUGGUUCAGAAACUACCAAAUAUGCAUUCCUGGAGCAGAGGGGGCAGCGAGAAUCGAUGACAUCACGAUGGAGAAGAUGUCGCUGGUGGAGGUGGGGCCUCGCUUCUGUUUAAAUCCCAUUCGUGUGUUCUCUGGCACAUUCGGUGGGCCCACUCUUUAUGAGAAUCCAAGUUACAUUUCACCAAAUAAGAUCCGUAUCAAUGAGAAGAAGAAGCACGGGGAGGAGUAUCGGGAGAAGGUGCACGAGAGGCACUCUAGGGAGACAUACAAGGUGGUGAAUGCUCUUCCUGUGGAAGAUUUGGCUCACGUCUGGGAUGGGAAGGAGGAUGGGGAGGAGGAUGGAGAGGAGUGA